UUGUGACACUCUUCUCGUUCUCAAAAAGAAGAUCUCAUUUUAUCCCAAUUUUCGAUUGCCUCAUUUAUACCUUUGUCAAAAUGUGGAUUUUAUUAGCGUGUCUCGGACUUAUUUUACUAGUUUACAAGUUUGUAGUGAACGUAUUAGAUUACUGGAAGAUUCGCGGAGUUCCUACGGCGUCAGGUCGCCAUUGGUUCUAUGGACAUUAUAAACCCAUUCUGUUCCAAGAAAAACAUGUGAAGACGGUGGCCCAUGAAAUGUAUAAUGAGUUCCCCGGGCGCCGGCCGUGGGGUACUUCAAGCUGCACACGCCGGGGCUGCUCGUGAGGGACCCGGAGUUGGCCAAGACGAUCCUCAUCACAGAGUUCUCUAACUUCGCUACUAACGGAUUUUUCAUAGACAGAAAGUUCGAUAUCCUCGCGGGUUCCAACCCGUUCUUCGUCCGUGACGCGGAGUGGAGGACGGUCCGCAGCCACGCCACGGCUGCCAUCACCGUCGCCAAGCUCAAGUGGUACCUGCCGCGCAUGGCGGCUGUUGGCGACGAGAUGGCCAAGUAUGUCGCCAGGAAAUGCGACGGUGGAGCUAAGGCGUUGGACGUCAAAGAUAUAUCAACAAAGUUCACCGCUGACAUACUCGGAAACGCCAUCUGUGGCGUAGUGAACAACUCUUUCGAGGACCCCGACUCCCUAUUCGUUAGGAUAACCAGAGAAGUUUGCUUCGCGACCACCGUAAAGGAUAAUCUUAAGGAUGCUCUGCAAACCGCUUGGCCUAGACUGAGCUGGUUAUUCCAGAUGAGGUUCUCUUCUCCGACAUCUGAAGAGCAACUUCUGUACCUCACCCGUAAGAUGAUUGAAGAGAGAACAGCAACUGGUGACAAAAGAAACGAUCUAUACCAAGUUGCAGUUUCCAUGAGAGAAAACGACCCGGAAAAGGUGUUCACCGACCAUUACAUAAGUAGCCUAGUGUACACAAUAAUGCUGGACCAGUACGAAACCGGCAGCAAUGCAGUUGUUAACACGUUAUUCGCUCUUGCAUGGCAUCCUGAAGUUCAAGACAGACUUCGUAAGGAAAUUUUUGAUUUCAAAUCUCAAGCCAAAGGGGAAUACUCAUUAGAAGACAUAGAGAAUUUGAAGUAUUUGGAGAAGGUGCUUUCAGAAACUUUACGAAUGUGCUGCCCCGUCCCUGUGAUAUCUCGGGAAUGCACCAACGACUGUAUCAUCACUCUCCCCACGGGGAAACCCUUGAAAAUAUCCAAAGGAACCCAGGUCAUUGUACCCAAUCAGGCUAUACACAUGGACUCUACAUAUUAUCCGGAUCCUGAGAAGUUCGACCCGGAACGGUUUACAGAGGAGGAGAUAGCUAAGAGGCCUAAGUACACGUACUUGCCUUUUGGCGAAGGACCGAAGCGUUGCUUGGCUCCCCGGCUUGGCGCGUUGCAGGUGAAAGUUGCUAUCAUAAGCUUGUUGGACCGCUUCAAGAUACGACCGGCCGGGAAGCGCUUCCCUUUGGCCUGCGAGCCCGGCGUCUUCCUCAUCAGCACUCCUGUGAGCGGCACAGAACUGCACUUCGAACCUAUUGAUCUUGGAAAAUCUUAACGGAACGUGUUUAUGUAGAUUAUACGAGAUAGAAAUAUUAGAAAUACAGUUCGUUUAGAGACAAGAAUAAUGUUUGAUUCUACCUAUUUUGUUGUGUACCUACGUAAGUAGCUGGCAUCUAGAUCUACAGCAUCAACGUUGUACUAAGAUUGGCAAACUAUACUCAUUUGGCGGACUAAUACGGAAGAGCUUUGGAUAUAGAUAACUACGAUACGCUACUGAGCGUACUGAUGUGCCGACGGAAAAUUUCCAAAAUUCUGAAAUUUUUAUAUAGGAAACCUUCGGAAACUUUCCAUACUUUGUAUGGACGGAAACUUAAUUUCCAUUUCACAAAUUUAAAUUCCCUUUAUUUUUCGUGAGUAUCGUGAAUUUUUCAAGAAAUUUUAGAUUUUUUUGGAAAGUUUCCGCAACUUGGACUGCCGUCACUAACUGAGCGUCAAUGAUUGUAGGUAGGUGUACUCUUGGCUGCAGGUCCUUCUAGAUAGUGUUAUAGGUAUUUUAUAUAAAACCUAUUUGCUAGUAGUGUCAGAAUUAGUUACACACGAAUCCACCAUGUCAUGUAGAUUCGUAGAUCCCUUCUGCUUUAUCUUUCAUUGUUACUUAGUAAACAAGUAAGUAACGUAGAUGUGGA